AUGGUUGUACAUAUAGCCAACCCUUGUCUACUUGGAUCACCCAGAAAAAAGAAGACAUGAGUUAGGUAAACUAACUUAAGGAGAUCAAACUUUGAACUGACAUUUAGUGAGGAGAGGCAGUGGUUAAGGAAAUGUCUGAGCUUAUCUACAGCACAGUCAAAUUUACCAAAAACACUGGAUCUAAGGCAGGGAAAAAAGAAAAUGGCAAUGUGGAAGAAACUAGUAAGACAGCAGAUGUCAUUUAUGACAACUUCGUGGAGCCAAAGUUAGAGGAAAAAUCUACUGCAGACCAACAGACAAUUGUUGGGUCAGGAAAGAAGAAGCAUGUGACUGUUGUGGUGAUUCUGGGUCUGCUGAGUCUCCUGCUGGUUGCUGUUAUAGUCCUGGUGUUCCAGAUCAGUGAAGACAGAAGGAACCUGUCCAAGGAGAGAGACGAGCUGCAGAGCAGUUACAGUCAACUAAAAGAACUCAACUACAACCUGACCCAAAACAUGAGCCAGUUAGAGACCAUUAACAGGAACCUCACACGAGAAAAAAAUGAAUUACAGGCUCAGCUUUCAAAGACCAUAGAAUAUAUAUGUACUUAUGGGAACAGUUUUGGUGGCAGCUGUUAUUUGUUCUCCAUCACACGAAAAAACUGGUACGACAGCAAAGCAGAAUGUGAAAAACUUGGUGCCCACCUGGUGAUUAUAACUAGUGAAGACGAACAGCGAUUCAUCAUCGGCAAGAUCAGCGAGAUACACUGGAUUGGUUUGACUGAUGAAGAGGAAGAAGGUACUUGGAAAUGGGUAAAUGGAGAGCAACUGAACACAAAGUACUGGGGGAAAAACCAACCGGAUAACUAUCAAUCCAAUGAAGACUGUGCUACUGUUGCAUCAUCUAACCCUCUGAAAAACUGGAAUGAUCUUAAUUGUAAAGAACUCUCUAGAUGGAUUUGUGAAAAGGAAAUAAAUAAAUGAAUUUAUAUUAAAUCAUAGUUCUACAUGGGCUCGAGUGAGAUGACGAUGGAUUAUGAACUGCUGCAGGCCCCAAACAGGAGCAGCCAAAAGAAAAAAGGGAGACUCUUGUGAUUGUUUAUAGAUUUUUCUUUCUCUGAAACUCUUAUUACAAAAUCCUAAGGUUUGUUCUCCAAAACAAAAAUGUCCCCCCCCGGACUGUAUUCACACUGAUAUAAACACCUUCAGUCUGAUGUGUUGGCAGUUAACCACCUCCUCUAGUGAGGAGCCUGUAAGAGCUUUGCUCAAUGGCUCCUCAGUACCAGUGGAGUAAAUGCUGUUUUCUCACCUUCAUCUUUUCUCUGCUGGUGUGGGGAUGAUGCUGCACUUAUUUAUAGACACUAGAGUGUUGCCUGUGGGGAUCCACGGGCUCUAGAUUGGGUAGUGUUUAUAAUACUGAUGGUAAUAAAUUGUGUAAAGUUUCUUUAAUUUGU